AUGUUGUAUAGCUACUUGCACAUGCUAGAUCAGGUUAAUUUCGGAACAAAACCAAAGGUGGAGUUGGAUGAGGCAGGAAAUUUAAAGUACAUUUUCAUAGCUUUAGGAGCUUGCAUUGAAGGGUUUAAGGUCAUGAGGAAAGUGAUUCUUGUGGAUGCAACGUUUUUGAAGAACGGAUAUGGUGGUGUACUAGUAUUUGCUAAAGCUCAAGAUCCUAAUAGUCACCAUUAUCCCCUCGCGUUUGGGGUACUCGACGGUGAGAAUAAUGCUAGUUGGACUUGGUUUUUCGAGAUGCUCAAAACUGUUAUACCGGACUCAUCUGAAAUAGUAUUUAUGAGCGAUAGGAAUCAGAGCCUCAUCACCGCUGUAGCAAAUGUGUAUCCACAAUCUCACCAUGGCCAUUGUAUAUGGCAUCUAGCUCAGAAUGUGAGAUAUCCUUCAGCCUUCAAGUAUUUGGAGGAGAACACUAAGAGAGAAACAUGGGCUAGGGUCUAUUUUCCAGGUUGUAGAUACAACUUGGACACUAGCAACAGUGUGGAGUCGAUUAAUAGCGCGUUUAGGGCCGCAAGGAGGUAUGCCUUGAUACCACUGUUGGAUACAAUAAUCAAAAAGAUUUCUGACUGGUUUAAUGAACAUCGGAAGGACGCCGUGUCUGGAUCGAUUGAUACCAAACUGGUUCCUCUGGUUGAGAUCCAUUUGCACAACUUAUGGGGCAAAUCUGAGAAAACGCCAGUGCGUGAGAUGAAUAGUUAUGAUCUUGAGUAUGAGGUAACCGACACUGACGAUGGGAAAGCUUAUUUGGUGAACUUGAAAGCGAAGACAUGUAGCUGCAAGGUAUAUGAUUAUGAAAAGUAUCCUUGUCUUCACGGACUUGCUGCUUACUUAUAUUUCUUUAAGGUUCCUGCUGCUCAUGGUCGUCGACGUGAGGUCAACAUAGAGUAUCAUCGGUUGAGCUCACAGUAUUACUGGACAGAACUUUGGGCAAUGGCUUAUUACAUGACCAUUUAUUCUUUGUCGGACAAGUCUGAAUGGAAUGUACCAGAUCACAUCAAACUGCUCCAGAUCAUACCUCCAAAAAAGCAAACGAGGAAGGGAAGGAAAAAGGUUAAUAGGAAUCCAUCAGUUGGAGAAUGGCGUAAAAGGACACAAAAUGUAAGGCGACCGAGGACAAAUUUCGGGUUUAGUUGGCUGUUGUUCGGAAUGCGUACUAAUAAUCCAAGUGAACCAAACAAUCCAAGUGAACCAAACUAG